CCUGUAACAUUAGGGGUGUCACGUGCACAUUAGCAACCCUAAUGAAACCUUAAAACACCCUUUUAAGAACCCCUUCCUGUAGUUUCUACCUAUAUGUUCAUUUGGGACAAUUGUAAACUUUACAAAUACACGUUCCUUUAUAUACAACAUUUAAAUAAAAAUAUAAAAAUAUACAGGGAUAUCUGUAUACACAUUGUGCAUGUAAAUUAUAGUAAUUUCUUCUUGGUAUCAGUUAAAUACGUGAAUCCACUAUUUUGUAAACAUUUCCGUCUAUAUAUAAAGCCAACCUUUACGAAGCAGAUGCCCUAUACCUUCCUCAGUUUAAAAACAGGACUAAUAAAUUCAUUCAUUCAAACAGUUGUCGAUAUCUGACCAUUAAAACGCUUACACUUUGUAUGUUUUUUUAAAUUAUUUGUGUAACCAUAAAAAUGUGUAGACAUUUUGCGGGUAGGAUACUAUAUUAUACAGAUCAACAAAGGCAAAGCCGUGGGAUGCCGCUAAUUAUUUAAUAAAUGAAAAAUGCAGGGAUUGAACUUUGAUUUUCAAAGUUUGUACAAAGCAGUUUAUUAUCGACAUUCCCAAUACGAACUGAUAUUUACUGCCUCAGAGAGAUCCCUAGAGCGGUAAAUAUACGAAGUUGGCCUAUUUGAAACUGCCUAUGUGGAUAUUUUUUGCCGCAAAACGCUUGAUUGAUGUCAUCUACUACGAAGAGUCUGACCUCUAUUGAGGUUAAAGUUUCUUGUUAUAGAGCUAAGAUAGCUCUAGAUUUAUAAGAUUUGGAAUAAUACCAAUAUUACAAAUGUGAAAUUUCAUAAAGAUACUCGUAUCUGUACGUUUAUUACCCAAUCAUGCUUAAAUUACCGAAUAAAAUUUAAAUGAAAUCUGCAACGCAGUUGGUGUCGUGGAUCCUCAUGGGUAGCGAUAGUCACUUACUAUCAGUGUGUUUAUAUAUAUUGCUGAUAAGCGUCGCAACAUCACUCGCUAAAUAUCGGAAGCCUAUUAUAAAAUAUCCAAAAGAUACACAGUUUUGGGCGACAGACUUUUUUGUUAGAGGGUGCAGAAACUUUUUGGAGAAAUGCCCGUCUAGUUACAAAGCCCAAAUGAUUUGUGCACGUAACUAUAAUGAUUGGCAGGUAUUUAAACGAGAGCGGUGCUAGAAUUUAAUGCUUCAAGUUUUAUAUUUUAUAUACGUAAG